AUGACUUCUGUUGUUGUUCCACAAAUCGAAUUUCGUGUAAACUGGAAUGAAAUCGCUAAAAUCAAGCAGAAAAUCAUCGAAGCGCUGAAAGGAAUCAAUAUUAAGACCAUUGGAGAAGUGGACAUGUUCUUGUUUAAGAAAAAUGGGGAAAUCCACGUGCGUCUCGAGUUGAAACCAUUCGCGUUCCCAGAUACUGAACGAUGCAAAGCAGUUCAGGCGAACACCGGACCGCCCAUCAUUGGAGAGCAUCAGUUGGGAUGUCGCGGCAUCGAGUAUCGUCAUGAGAAGGCUAUCAAACGGGGAAGACGGCAUCGCGUGUCGACAGGCGUGCAGACAGUUUUCACAAAGAAGCAAUGA